UCUCAGCCCGACGACCGAGAGGCUCUCAGCUGAUAAGUGUAAAUACCGAGUGCGUUCCUUAUCUCAGGGCGGAAGUGCGUUCGACUCGGUGGACAAGGAACCAGAAUGUUUAUGCCCUUCAUUGGAUUGAGAUAAGAAUUUUGACCAGGAAUUGGUACGUGGAUAUUCAACACCGCUUUAGUGAACUUUUUAGGAAUAACUUGAGUAAGAAUAAGAAUUUUGGGGAUUAUAAAUAGCCCCGAAACCAUAGACAUAAAACGGCACUGACCAGAAACACAAUGAAGUAAUCCAGUGCGACAGACGGGACUUGUGUGCAACUGACACAACAUAUUAAGUACAUUGCACUCGGUAGCUUGGGAAAUGGCCAGUUGCAGUGAUGGCUUGACUACACAUGAAGCUCUUGCCCGCUUGCAUGAAGAUAUAUCAUCAGCUCUUGAGGAGUACCAAAAGUCUGAGGCAGAAAAGAAUAAAGGCUUUGGACAAAAGAGUGUUAACUAUGAAGCCUUUCAUCGCAAGAGCUACCUGUCGGUCUUCAGAUGGACUUCAGCGCUGGCACUCAUUGUAGAAGGCAUUGUGCUCCUGGUGGCUUAUGCAGCACGCAGUGACCCAAAAUAUCAGUACCUUCCCGCAGAAUCUUUCUUCAUCUUUGCUGCAGUGAUUCUCAACGUUUACCUGGUGUGGUGGGACACUCGCCUCAGACACAAGGAGCUCCCACACCAGACUCAGAAUAUAUUAAGGGAUUUAAAGGAAUACCAGUCAACUGUCCUUUGGUCAGCAGAGAACUAUCCACAUCUGCAUUCUCCUUUAUCCCCUUGCAUUACCCUUCAGUGGACACUGAGAGAUGGAAACACUGUUAAUCUCCCUUGGUCAUUGCUGGUGCAAGGAGAUGUUAUUCUUCUCAAACCUGGACAAAAGGUUCCUGCUAAAUGUAAACCUUUGCAGGAGAGCGGUACAGGGAGUAGUGGGGAACUUCACUUAGGGGAUAUAUACUCCCCAAGCCUAGAGGGCAUUGGAGAAGGAUUCAGCUCUCCGAAGGCACGGACACCUCUCAAGCCACAACCUCAUUUAGUGUUGGAAACCCCAUAUAUCACAAAUUUAAGGAUUGUGUUGGCAGAAGCUCUUAAUCGACCAAUAACAGUUUUUAAUAAACAGAGGUUUUUAAUCUUCAGUUGGGCAAUGGAGACCGUCAUUUUACCCGUAGUUGUGAUUCUGAUGUUGAUAAUCAACAUCUUGAGAGUAUACUAUGGAGACUGGGUUGGCCACUGGUCUGAGGUGCUCCUGAUAGGGCCUGUAUGUGUAGCUCUCCCCCUGAUUCCCCUUGGCCUGCCUCUGGUUUGGUUAACGCUGAAUUGGUUAGGCAUUGCCCGGAUUCUCACUAUGUAUCACCAUGCAAAGCAUAUGCAGAGUGAUCCAGUGGAAGAUCCAUUUGAAGAUGCAGAGCUCGAAGCUUUGCAUUUAUCAGAAAUAUCAGUGAAGUGGGUGGAACUGAGAAGACACUUUAUACUAACAGCCCUUGGUAAAGAACCUAGUCCAAUUCGUACUGCCAAUGUGCUUCAUGUUUUAGCAUCUGUUACCAACCUCUGCUGUGUGGACAAGAAGGGAGUGUUGUCUUGGCCGAACCCAACAGCAGAGAAAGUCUUUUUUCUUAAAAACAGGGCACACAAUAAUUUAGCAUCAAGUGUGCCAUCCCUCUAUGGAGAUGAUGACCUUUUCCAAGAUGCCAAGAGGGAAAAAGUAAUAUCACCACAACUAACAAAAGAAUCAGAAUCAGUGUUAAUGUCACUGACUCAUGACCACCAGACAGCUUUUGGGCUUCAGUUUGAUGACCCUAUGUGGCGGAGGUAUCUUCUGUCCCUCAAGCCACUCGGACUGAACAUCUUGCUCAACACGUGCAACCCAGCCACUCAGGACCACUACACUAGAUUUUGCUCACACAUUACAUGUGAGGCCAUGUAUAAUGAGGACUUGGUACCAGUGUCACAAAGAAGCAGCAAUGUAGAUUAUGCGUGUGAGCAUCGUCACGUGCAUAUGGACAUUCCUGUAUGCAGUCGCGGAUGCCUGUGUGAAUUGGCAAAGCAGAUAGGCUUUAGUGAACAAGCUCAGGAACCAUUUGAACUGGAGCAUCAAUUAUCGACAUUUAGACACGUGCCUCCAGACAUGGCGUGCAAAGAUCGUCUGGCAAAGUCCCUCAUGAUCACCAAGUUGAAGUUCCCUUUUCCUCACAUGGUCUCUGUCUUGAUGAGGGACAGAGCUUCACGUAAGCUAGAACUCAUGUCGCAGGGGACAGCAGACAUAAUACUGGACUCGUGCACUGACUACUGGGAUGGAUAUGACAUAUGUCCCUUGACAGAAAAGGAUAGGAAAAAGAUUCUAGAUUUCUACCACAGAACAAGUCUCUCUGCCUACUGCACGGCCUUCUCUUACCGUCCAACCUCCUGCGUAGUAAGGGAAAACCUGAGCAGCUUUUACAUGGAACUCCCCAUUGAUCCAUCGCACCUUUACAGUGCCGCUCGCACACCCACGCCACACAUUAGCACAGAGGCUUUGUUCGGGGAUGAAGAACACACUGAAUAUGAAGAAAUUGAUGACAUUGAUGAUGCUUUCCGGAUGCAGUGCAAGCAGAUCUUCAUAGGAAUGGUCACCAUGCAGUACCAAGCAAAGACAGACAUGGUACAAAUGAUUGAACAAUUAGAUCUCUCCUGCAUCCGGUUUGUCCACUUCAGCAAGGAAAACGAACUGAGGUCUCGUGUCUUCUCAGAAAAGAUGGGACUCGAGAGUGGCUGGAAUUGUCACAUUUCCUUGCUAUCGGAUCGAACGAGGACAGAGAGUGGGAAUUCAAGUCGCACAGGGCAAGCAGCUUCUGUCAAGACCUCUGGGCUGACGUUGUACAGACAGUCAACCGAGGAUGUAAACAGCCCAGAUCUCUCCAAAACGCGAUUCCGAAGUUCCCUUGAGGUGUCUCGAGCACUUAGUCACUCAGCACCAUCGGCCAUAAACCUGGAUGUUGCACAAGUUAAGUUUGACGAAGAGGUGUCAGUAUGUUCUAAUUCGUCCCAGUCACAAACGUCGUACCUGGAAGAAGUCGAGGAACACAGGCUAGAGGGCUUUGCCUAUGACUGCAAUGCUGGAACCAGUGAAGAAUGCAUAAUGUUGAAUGAGGAGGACCAAAUGUACGACCAUGUGGACCCUGGCUGUGAGCAGCACUCGCACCUUUCUGGCCAGUCACGUUCUAGGUCGCCGUCAAGAGUCACAGACAGCACUGAACAUUCAACCUCGUUUAAUUUUGACAUGUCAAAUAGGGCACGACUCCCAAAGGGAAUUGAAAACAUUAAGCCACAUCUUGAAAAUGUGGAUAAUGUUCCCUUGCUAGUGUCGCUCUUCACUGACUGCACACCUCCAGCCACUCGGGCAAUGUUGUCCAUAAUGCAGGAAUACACAGAGGUGGUCAUGGUGAUGGGGUCAUCUGCAAAUGCUGAUAAUAUACGGCUCUUUAUGCAGGCUGAUGCGAGCUUGUCAGUGGAUCCACUGUAUCCACAAGUCUGCAUGCGAGAGCCAGUAUUUGUGCGGCCUCCCCCAUCCAAAGGACCCUCCCCUACAGACAUUGCACGGAUUCUCAACUCCCUUCCCUGCUCCCUCUCUUUUCACCGUGAUGAUAAAGUGUCUCUUGUCCAUCUUAUCAUGGAGUCACGGCAUUACAUGCAACAGGUAGUGAGCUGUCUGCAGUUUUGGUCUUGUUGUUGUGUUUCAUUAACUAUCCUGCAACUUUUAGCUGCCACAGCUGCUCUUCCUCCACUACUUUCAUCAGGUGAUGUUGUGUGGCUGGUGUGUGUCGUGAUUCCCAUCUUGUCAGUUUCCUUGGUAGCAGCUCCAACAAAUCCAGCUGUCAUGAAUCAGGCCACAGGGAAAAAUUCUGUAGUGCUUAAUAAACAGAUGGUCCGUUAUGUGUUCUUAUAUUACAUCUGCAAGUUUGUUCCGUCUGUGGCUGUAAUUUUGCUGUGUGGUGGAUUAACACUUGCAAGUUUCUGCAAAAAUAUAGCAAGCCAUCACAAUUCCACCUGCACUUACAUAUAUCCAGAUGAAGUUCCUAGAAUUUAUAAUAACAGUACAAAGCUUGAGGAGCAGAGCUCAUGGAAGGGAUGGGGUGAUCAGUACUUAGAUUCCCUAAAUGCAGUACAGAAUGGUGUAGCUUUUCUCAUUGUUCUUUACUUUUGUAUGAUUUCCGUUUCAUUUGUGCAUCGCAUGUACCAGUUAUGGAGGAAAAAUCCUCUGAAAAAUAGGUGGUGGGCUUCCAGUGUCUUUGUAGUACUAGUGCUGCAGGUGGUGUAUGGAAGCAUCUCUGCAUCAUUGUGUUCAUCCUCAGAACCAAGUGGUCCUGGGUUAGCAGAUAUUCCAUCAUGGUUGUGGCUCAUAGCAUUUGUGUGGCCACUCCUUGUAAUUCCUCUCAAUGAAGUCAUUAAAAGAAGAGAGAUCAGAGUCAAUGUUCGAUAUCAGAAGAGAGCAAGACUGGAAUUUGGUACAAAGCUAGGAAUGAAUUCUCCAUUCUAAUACUGCAGCUGUACAGAAAAUGUAUCUAGAUAUUAACAGGGAUAAUUUAAGAAUUUUCUUAUAUGAAAUGGAUGUGUCAUAUAUUUUGAUAGAUUGCCAAAAGCAAUACAUUUAUAUAGGACUUUGCACCUGAAAAUAAUUUUAUAGUAAGAAAGGAUAUGAAAGAUGUAAUGGUUAUCAAGUAGUUAUGAAUAUAGAUUGUUGUAUGAUUACUGAGGAUUUUCAGCAUGAAAAUAAAAUAUUAUUCUGGAAGUUUAUAUGACAUUAUGUACAUGCACAUUUACACAUACACACACAAUGAGACUUAUGAACAUACAAACACAGACUCUCACACAUGCAGACACCUACACCUACACUUACACUCACACACAUGCACACACCUACACCUACACUUAC